AUGCUCAAAAUGGGAAGCUCUCAAGUUAUUUCAUUGGCUAAUUUGUUGAUUAUUUCAGUAAAGGUGUUGUUUGGUUCUUUAGUUAUGGUGAUUAAUGGUGCUUUCUCAGAUAAUAUGUAUAUUAAUUGGGGUUCACAUCAUUCUUGGAUGCAAGGAAAUGAUCUUCAACUUGUUCUUGAUCAGUCCUCUGGAUCAGGUGUGCAGUCAAAAGGAACAUAUCUAUUUGGAAGUAUAGAAAUGCAAAUCAAAUUGGUACCUGGAAACUCUGCUGGAACAGUUACUGCAUACUACUUAUCUUCAACCGGUGACAAGCAUGAUGAAAUAGAUUUUGAGUUUCUUGGAAAUGUAUCAGGACAACCAUAUAUUAUACACACAAAUAUUUUUACUCAAGGUGCUGGAGGCAGGGAACAACAAUUUUAUCCAUGGUUUGAUCCAACUGCUGAUUAUCAUAACUAUACAAUUCAUUGGAAUCCAAAUGUAGUCGUAUGGUAUGUUGACGAUAUACCAAUUAGAAUCUUCAAGAACUAUCAGAGCCAGGGCAUUCCCUAUCCGAACGCGCAAGCCAUGGGGGUUUACUCUAGCCUUUGGAAUGCUGAUAGUUGGGCAACUAGAGGUGGUCUAGUCAAAAUUGACUGGACCAAUGCUCCAUUUAUAGCCAAGUAUCGAAAUUUCGCUCCACGGGCGUGUCCAUGGGGUGGACCGAUUAGCAUUAACCAAUGUGCAGCUCAAACUCCAGACAACUGGUAUACCGCUCGUGAGUAUGGCCAAUUGAGCUACAUGAAACAAGGUCAAAUGGAUUGGGUCAGGAAAAAUUACAUGAUUUAUGAUUAUUGUAAAGAUACGAAGCGAUUCAACGGACAAUUUCCUGGAGAGUGUUUUAAGCCUCAAUUUUGA